CACACAAAAAGGACUUAGCUUUUUAGGGAUUCUGUAAAAAAAAAGGAUUUUUAGCUUUUAGAUAAAGACUUAUAUAGGAAUGGCGUUGAAUUUUUCUCAUAGUCAUGUCUCUGAGAAACCAAUGAAGAUAACUGAGGGACUAUCUGAGAGUCAUGAUGGUGUUUUCUCUGCUGACAUUGUUGAUGUUCUGCCAUCUGAUCCGUUUGGCAUGGAUAUGAACAAUACUUUCACUGCCAUUACUGGGUGGCUUGAGGAUUUACAGGCUGAUUAUAGACAGUGUGAAAGAGAUGAGAUUGGUGAUGGAGACCACCAGCUCUUUGCUAGGUUGAGUAUUAUUUGGAACAAUGCAAUGCGGUUUCAGGAGUUUCCUGAGAGUCACUGGUCUGGGUCAUUGUUCGGGUUUGAAGGUGAUGGAUCUUGUGCUGGUUCAUUCGUAUCCCCUACUAGUGUGGAUAAGGUAAUGAGUCGUGUUGGAGAAAGCAGUGAUGGAGGCGAGAAUGCAAACGUUCAUCCAGCGCUUGGUUUUUGUCUUUACCAUUUGGGAGUGAAGGAUCUUCUUUCAGUCAGUAUGGUUUGCAAGUCUCUGCAUUCCACUGUCUGUGAUGACUCGCUGCUGUGGAAACACAUCCACAUCUCUCAACCGUUGAAUGAGAAGAUCAAUGAUGAGGCUCUUCUGCGGUUAACCGAGAGGGCUCAUGGCACUAUGCAGUGUCUGAGGAUCGUAGAUUGCUCGAAAAUUACAGAGGAUUGUCUUAGGAAGGUGUUGGAACGCAACCCACAAGUAGUCAAGCUUGGCGUGCCUGGAUGCACAAGGAUCAGUAUCGAUGGCCUUGUCAGCAUCUUGAGGGACUUGAAGUCUGCGGGGAAGCUUAAAGUGAAACAUUUAGAGACUGGUGGUCUCUAUGGAGUUACUAAAGACCACUAUGAUGAGUUGUUGGACUUGUUAGACAUAGACAAUAAUGUCAACAAGACUAUCAUCCAAAAGCCGCGUUAUUACCAUAGAGGAUACACAUUCGCCUCAUGCGAUGAUGUUGUCCGGGCGCUGGAUAUUGAGAUGUGUCGGAAAUGUGAGAACUGGAGGAUUGUGUAUGACUGUCCAGCGGAAGAUUGUAAAGGGAAGGAGGAGUGUCGUGCUUGCUCUCUUUGCGUACAGAGAUGUGUUCAGUGCGGUCGGUGCAUCAAUGGCGUAUACGAGGAGACGUUUUGUCUGGAGUUUUGUGCUCUGGUUGCUCGAAGCUCCUUAAGUUACCUCUCGUUUGAUUAAUAAGUUUCCCCUUCAUCUUUUGUUGAAGGAAUAAUAAUUAUCAUAAUGAUUUGUUUUGGCUUUGGACGUUUUUUAAAUAAAAUAAAUAAAAGAUGAGCUUUGGUUUA